UUGAACUUAAGGUUAGCUAGGUUGUGUUUUGAAUAUGAGUAUUCUCAAUCUAAACCGAUGACAUUGCCACUUUAAUUUAUAUCCGAUUCUGAACAAGGGUAUAUUGAGAGUGAUAUAGAUAUAUAGUACCUCCGACAUAAAUGACGUCUAAUGGUAUGUUGUGAAUGCUUCUUGUGUUGAAGAAAUGAUUUAGAAAAGUAUGUGUGAUUUUGCCUGAAAUAAUGAGUGGAAUGAUAGUUUUGCCCUCCAAAAAUAGGCAUCACGUGUAGAGUCAAAUCUAAUUUUUGUUCAUAGUCAUAGUCAUGCAUUUAAAGUGAAAAUUUUGAAAGUUAGGAGAUUAUACAUUGAAAUGUGGUAAAAGUUGAGGGGUUAAAAUUGGAUUAAAUUCUUAGCAUACACUUUAUAAUAACGUGUAGCUUAAAUCUUGGAAAUUUGUUUAUAUAUUAUCACUCUUUUUUCUUUAUAGAUAUAAUUCUUGGAGUGCACUGAAGGAUAAGAAUAUAUUUUUAUCUAGCCUUAUGAUUCUCCUUCUUUUUAGCUUCAAAUGCUCUUAUAUAUAAGUGAUCAUUUAGCAGUGAGUAGACAUAAGCAAACACUACUAAUACUAGAAGCUGCCCUCAUUUCCCCCUUAAUUCUCAAUUCAAUAUGGCAAACCAAACACUAUUGCUAUCUAGGAGAAUAAUUCCACACCCAACAAUGAUACUCCCAUCACCGAGAAGUCAAGUUCUUGAUGAGAGCAUAAUCAGGGAGCAAGUCUUGUCCACUCACAACUAUGAUGGUAGAAAGUUCAACACCAACUUCAUUUUGAGCAUUGUAGAAAACAUUCUUAGUGCCAAGAUGGGUAUUGGUGAAGAAGCAGGGGUGGAGAAGUUGAAUCAACUUGAAGAGCUCAUCAAUCACGAAGAACUUCCUUCUCAUAUCAGACAGCUUUCAUUUGAGAUAGAACAGUCCACUCCGUAUAACAAAGAAAGGGAAAAUUUUCUAUGGCAACAAGAAGCAAAUUGUAGUCUCGACCUUGUGGUAGGAACAUAUAACCGCAGCAAUCAUUAUAUUCAUCAUGAGAUACAAAAAUGGUUUGGCAUGGAAAAUUAUAUAUUUUUAUACGGAGGAAACGACAUUAAUUGGAUUCGAGAAUUCACUUCCAAGGUACAUCAACUUGGUUCCAAAAUCCAAUUGAAGGUAAAGUUGGCCUAUGUUGGGAAAAACACGAUGAUAAGAUCAUUCAUUGAUAAAGAAAAAAUGAGUAUCUGUGCAUUUGGCAACUCCUACAUAUUAGGGUGGUUUUGGACUCGUCUUCGAAGCAUGUUUUUGUCAAGAAUCUGUUAUUUGGACUCGAUUAAUCACUUUGAUGAAGAGUGCAAUGAUGAAAUUUUGCAAGGACUCAAAAAAUUGUUGGCCUAUAAAGGUAAGAAUACAAGAAUGGAAGGAUGGGCCCUUCUAAGCAAAGGGAAUAAGGUGGUUGUAUGUGGGCAUGGAGCUAAAAUACUGCAAGUUAUAAAUGACUACGAGAUUUGGAAGGAAAACGUAGCCACCAAAGGUUUUGAUGAGGCAUUCAAAGACCACCAUGAGAUGCUUACUUCUUCUUCUUCUUUAAAAAGUCAUUCUUGUUGUACUCUUGAAUAUCCAACUACCUUGAAAAAAAUUACAGAGAAUGAGAAAUGUCCCGAGUGUUCUUACUUGAUGCAUAAAUUUGUUACCUUUACAUGUUGUCAUGGUCAUGGCUUUGACUUAGACGAAAAGUAUCACUAGAUGGUGUGUUUGGUUUCUAAUUUUCAUGUGUAAUUAUAUUAGUCAUUUCGGUUAUAUU